CUUCCUGUGGGCUGUGGAUAUUUCGAUUUCUCUCAGAAGUCAGAAUCCUGAUUUACGGUUUUAAAACUUCUCUUUCCCUCUCUCCGACGCUUCCCGUCGGAAAAUCAGGGGUUUCACAGUUUGUUCGGCAGAUCGGAAUAUUUGUACGACGUUGACUUGGUUUGAUCUACAAACCUUUUUAAAAUGAAGCAUAAGAGCCAACAGAAGAACCAGCAGAAGAGGAAGAAGAAGCGAUCCUGCGCCGCGAAACCUUCCGGUGAUGGAGCACCGGCGUCUGACGGGAACAAAAAAGAUGUGGAGGAAGAGAGGAAGGACGGUGAAGGUACAAAAGAAAUAGAGAAAGUUGAAAAAAUAAAAAUCGAAUCGUUAAUGGAAGCCUUUUGCUCGGUUUCAAUGGAGGAAGCGAUGGCUGCUUAUAAGGAAGCAGGUGGAGAUCUGAACAAAGCGGCCGAGAUUUUGUCGGAUCUAGCGGAAAGCAGUGAUGAUCCAUCGAGUGGUUCUUCGGGUCAGGAGACCGCGUCGACCUCUGAGUAUGGGGCUGGGUCAAGUUCUACCUGUAGCGAAGAUCUGACGAGAGAUAGAUGUUUCAAGGGAAACAAGCAGAGUAGAGUUAUUGCUGCUACAGGGAUGGUUUCUUCUGUGAUUGCCAAGGAUUACUUGAAACCAAACCCUGUGGGAAAAGAGUUUCCUAUGCUGGAACGGUCUAAAGAGCUCUGUGGGAACGGGAAAAAAGCUGCGGAUAGAGAGAAAGCUGAACAGUUUCUAAAUUCAAUGCUUGGUGAUGAUUGUGAGCUUAGCAUGGCUGUUGUUAGAGAUGUUCUGUGUCAAUGCGGCUAUGAUGUCGACAUGGCUUUGAAUGUCUUGCUUGACAUGUCUUCUUCGUCAACUGAUGAUUCAUUGAGUGGUAAAUGUUUCGGGAUAGGAGUCAGCGAUAGUCUGGGAGAGACAUCUUUUGAUACUGAUACUUCUGAAAGUGAACUUUUCUGGGGUACGGACUAUUUUCAAAGGGAUUACGCAAGAGUUCUCACCGAAGAUCCUUUUUCAACUAGCCAAGGAAGUGAUGAGCUUGGUCUUCCUCAAAAAGUAUUGGAGUCUCUGUUCAACAUCCGCCAGAGUCCUAAACAAGAACCAAAGACAAUGAGUUGGAGGAAUGUGGCAAAGAAAAUGCAGUCACUUGGCAUCGAUGCGUCUUCAUCUAGUGGGGAAGAGGCUCGGCCUAAUAUGUUUGUGAAAGAUGACGGAUAUCAUGAACUUAGAAAAGGUGCAACUGAACAGUGGAAUGUUACAAAGUCCUACUAUCAAAAAGCUGCCGAAGCAUAUUCGAAAGGAGGGAGGGCUCAUGCAGCUUACCUUUCUGAUAAGGGGAGAGUGGCAUCUAAAUUAGCUCAACGGGCUGAUGAGAGGGCAAGCCAAGAUAUAUUCGUUGCAAGAAACAAAGGUAUAGAGAAUGUGGUAACCAUUGAUUUGCAUGGUCAGCAUGUUAAACAAGCAAUGAAACUACUGAAGCUACAUCUCUUAUUUGGAUCAUAUGUCCCUUCCAUACAGACACUACGAGUGAUCACAGGGUGUGGGUCUUCUGGGUUUGGGAAAUCUAAGGUGAAACAAUCGGUGGUAAAGCUGCUAGAAAGAGAAGGAGUUGGGUAUUGUGAAGAGAACAGAGGGACAUUGCUGAUCAAGCUUGACGGAUGUAGUAGAGAGUUCAGUUUCUUAGACACAGAGAGCGACUCUGAAUAAGUGAAAACUAAAUCUGAAGUCAGGCUUUAGCAUUAGAUCUUUACAUGUAUUUUUGUCUAUAUCUGAUGUCUGUUAAGUCAAUGUUGAGCAAAUCUUCGCUUUCUUAUUUCCCCUUUCAAGAUUUCACGUUAUCUAAGUUAUGAAAACACUUUGUCUGA